GUCCUGGCAGAGCGGAUAUAGUGAAUGCAGGGUCCGGAGAGACCGGGUAUAGUGAAUGCAGGGUCCGGGGAGACCGGAUAUAGUGAAUGCAGGGUCCGGGGAGACCAGAUAUAGUGAAUGCGAGGUCCGGGGAGACCGGGUAUAGUGAAUGCGGGGUCUGGGGAGACCGGAUAUAAUGAAUGCCGGAUCCGGGAGAGCGGAUAUAGUGAAUGCAGGGUCCGGGGAGGACCAGAUAUAGUGAAUGCGGGGUCUGGGGAGACCAGAUAUAGUGAAUGCAGGGUCUGGGGAGAUCAGAUAUAGUGAAUGCAGGGUCCGGGGAGACCAGAUAUAGUGAAUGCAGGGUCCGGGGAGACCGAUAUAGUGAAUGCAGGGUCCGGGGAGACCGGAUAUAGUGAAUGCAGGGUUCCGGGGAGACCAGAUAUAGU